AUGGAUGGAGUACUUUUUGAAGAGUGGGUACAAGAGCUCGACCGUCAAUUCGAUUCGCAAGGCAGAAAGAUUACUCUAGUUGUCGACAAUUGUCCUGCUCAGCCGGAAGUCACAGGAUUAAAGGCGAUCAAUUUGCAAUUUUUACCACCCACCACAACUUCUUGUACACAGCCUAAGGAACAAAGGGAUGACUGUCCUGACGACGAUCCAGUUUCACCACAGUCGCAAUACGAGAUUAAAGACGCAAUAGAGACUCUGAAGAAACUGACGUUGUUUGAGACCGAUCCAAAGUGUGAUACUCUGCUGUCGCAAAUGUCCGAUAAGAUCAACCAUGGAAGAUUGAUUAAUAGGAGACAGACCAAAAUCAUGGACUUUUAUGAGAAAGAUUGA